ACAACAUUUAAAUAAUAUUGUUGUAUUUUAUUGAACUUUUGUCGCGGAUCGUCUGACUGACAAAAACUGACUUUAAUUAACUGGCCAUUGUCGCAUUUGCGGUUUUGUUUUUUUUACUACAUAAUGAGUAUUUGUUUUGUGUAUUGUGCGUUGUUUGGGUCGAUUUUGUUUUUAGGGGUCAAAGGUCGGAUUCCGGAAGGGGAGUCGUUCGAAAACUCCUUCGAGGAUACCACAAAGUUGAGUCCGGAAUUCCGCAAAAGCCUCCUGCUAGCCGAAGACACCAUAGUCGGAUUCGUCAACAAACUGGUCAAUACCGGAUAUAAAUCGUCGAAAAUAGCCUUAAAUAGGGCAGAAAAGGAACGCACUAAACGCAGAGAAUUGGGCGAUAAGGUGGAGGAACUCUUAAGCCAAUUGCCGACCUUCGAUGGAUCAAAAAUCGUCGAUCAAAUGAUGAUCGCACUGGAGAUACCCGCCUACAAACCCACCAAGUCUAUCCAAGAAUAAAGUCAAAAGCAUCAUGGUUUCCAGAUUUUUCAUUUACGCAACCGUUGUUGUGGUGACGAUUAUUUUAAAUUUAGCGGUUUUUUUGUGUCUCUUUAUGGUUUAUAAUACGCUCUAUUACGUUAUUUAAAUAUAAUAUUUAUGACAA